AUGGGCGAAGCCUUGGACAAGGUGACGCUGCCUCGAAAUGUGACAAUAGCGGGAGAAUCCGUAGGCGCUGUAGCCGACCUCAGUCAGUCCAAUCCUCAAAAUGUGACCAUAGCGGAGGAGUUUGUAGACGGUAUAGUGACUAGGAGCCAGGCCAAAUCCCGGCUAGAUGCGUUUCUGGCAGCACAGGGGGAGCGUGUCAGCCGUGCCAGGUGGCAAGACGCCAUUCGCCAAGGGAAAGUGCUGGUGAAUGGGGCCGUUCAGAAGAAGGUGAGAAGCAGGAGCGGUGUAGCAGGUUGCAAUUGCAGUCUCGCUUUCUCCUCUCACCCUUCCAUCUCCCAUCUCUCCUCUGUUUCCCCCUCCCCAUUCGCCCCCUCCCCAUUCCUCCCCUCCCCAUUCAUCCCCCCCCAUUCGUCCCCUCCCCAUUCCUCCCCUCCCCAUUACUCCCUCCUCAUUCUUCCUCUCGUCCAGCCGUCGUAUGCAGUUAGGGAGGGCGACAGGGUGCAGGGCAGUCUUUCCCCACCCCAGUCACAGCACGCGCUGGAGCCAUCCGCCAUUGCCCUGCACGUGGUGUAUGAGGAUGACCACGUGGUAGUUAUCAAUAAGCCGCCCCACAUGGUACUGCAUCGGUUGGACAAGGGAACCAGCGGGCUGCUUGUGGUGGCCAAGGAUCCAUUCAGCCAGGCUCACUUGAGUGCGCAGUUCAAGGCUCGCACCGUGCACAGAAGCUACCUCUCCCUUGUCAUCGGCACGCCCUCUCCUCUCGCCGAUCGUGUGGAUGCACCCAUCGGUCGAGACCCCAAGGACCGCAAGCGCAUGGCGGUUCUGCCUCUCACAGGCUCUCACCGCAGCAGGCGAGCCGCUAGCAGGUACCGGGUGGUGGAGUCACUGGCAGGGGGAGCGGCUGCGCUGGUGGAGUGGAGGCUGGAGACCGGGAGGACACACCAGAUCAGAGUACAUGCACGACUCCUGGGCCAUCCGUUGAUCGGCGAUGAAACGUACGGUGGAUCGACACGCCACGUGUCAUCUCGCCUCUUGGCAUCGUUGGUUUCCUCUUCACCUCUCCGCUCGCCAGUGGCUCAGUGGAUUGCUGGGCUGGAUCGCCCCCUGCUUCAUGCAGCCACACUCAGGUUCGUACACCCGCAUAAACUCGAAGUCCUAACCUUUGAAGUUGCACCUCCCAUUGAUUUUAUCCAGGCAUUGCAAUUGCUUAGAUCGUUGUGA